UCUUCUUUCUGUAUUUCUCUGCGGUUCUGUCGUUCAUUUAUAUUUUUUAAGUCAUGGCCAAUAGAACUGUAAAAGAUGCUAACAGCAUACAUGGAACAAAUCCUCAGUAUCUUGUGGAGAAGAUUAUACGGACCCGUAUUUAUGAGUCCAAGUACUGGAAAGAGGAAUGUUUUGGACUUACAGCUGAGCUUGUUGUGGACAAAGCGAUGGAGCUGAAGUUUGUUGGUGGAGUAUAUGGAGGAAACAUAAAGCCAACUCCAUUCUUAUGCCUUACCCUGAAGAUGCUGCAGAUCCAGCCGGAAAAGGACAUCAUUGUAGAAUUCAUUAAAAAUGAAGAUUUCAAGUAUGUCCGUUUGCUGGGAGCAAUGUAUAUGCGCCUGACUGGAACAUCUGUGGACUGUUACAAGUAUUUAGAACCUUUAUAUAAUGACUACAGAAAAAUCAAAAGCCAGAAUAGGAAUGGAGAGUUUGAGUUGAUGCAUGUGGAUGAGUUCAUAGAUGAGCUCCUUCAUGCAGAACGUAUGUGUGACAUCAUUCUCCCUAGACUUCAGAAGAGGCAGGUUCUGGAGGAAGCCGAGCUUCUGGAUACACGUAUUAGUGCCCUGGAGGAAGACUUGGAUGAGGUGGAAACCAGUGAAGAGGAGGAUGAGGAAGAAGACAAGCCAGAGAGAGCGCAGACACCAGAGCCACAUAGACGAAGUUACAGAGAUGUUGACCGGCCUCGCAGAUCUCCAUCUCCACGCUACAGACGCAGCCGCUCACCCAGAAGACGGAGCAGAUCACCUAAAAGACGAAGCCCAUCCCCCAGACGCGAGCGAGAUCGGGACCGUCACCGCAGCAAAAGUCCUCGGAGACACCGCAGCAGAUCAAGGGAUAGAAGGCACCGCUCCAAAUCUCCAGGUCACCACAGAAGUCAUCGGCAUCGUAGUCAUUCCAAGUCCCCAGAAAGUCGGUCAAAGAAGAGUCAUAAGAGAAGUCGAAGAGGAAAUGAGUGAUCUCUAUUUUUGCUUGUUUUUUUAUAGAUUUAAAAACAAGCCAGUUUAUGUUAUAAAAAGCUUGAUGUCAUUGUGUAAAUCACCUAGCCCAUUUAUUCCUCAGAAGUUUUGGGUGUUGUUUUAUACUUGUAAUCAAGAUUUACAACCUGAAGAGUUUUGUUUUUGUCUGUUUGUAUGUAUAUUCCUUAAUUAGCUAGACUAAUAAGAACUUGAUGUGUUGUAGUUUUACCGGGGGUAGCAUUUCAUCCGUUAUAAAGACAACAAAUGAUUCCAACUGUCAACUAAUAUUUAUUUUACAUGAAUUAACAUAAUUGUGUGCAUUAUUUGAGUUUCUGACUUCAGAGAAAAUCGGCAUGAUUACUAAGUUGAACUGGAACAGCUCAAGCCAAUAGAAAGCUGAACCUAACAACCACAAACAUACUUUUGUUGUACUUAGGGGGCCUUUAUUUUGGAUAACUGAAACUUGUAAUUGUAGAGCUUUAGAAGGAAAAAUAAAUCGUAUGGAACAUUUGCUCAAGAGACUUCUUGACCUCAUGUAUUACUGUAAUUACAUGCUUAUUUAAAGAUGAAUUGUGCCAUUUCUGCACUACCGAACCAAAUUGCAAAAAUAAACAGUUUUUAA